AUGUAUAUCAUUUUGAUUGUAAGUUGUGUUGCUUUUUUAUUUGGCAAUUUAGAAAUUUUAUGGAAUCUGCUUGAUAUGCUACAAUAAUUAUCAUUUAUGAAAUAUCACAAUCUUCAAUUUCCAGAAAACUUAUAAAUUUAUUUUGAAAUAUUUACUAUUGGAUCAUUUACUCCCAUAAUUGAUAUAUUGUAAACAGAUUUAUUUUUGCAAAAUCUAUUUGAUUAUUAAAUUCCACUUAUACCAGCCAAAUGGAAAUUCGAAUAUUAUUAAAUAAAUUGUUAUUUUUUAUAAAACCUAUUAACACUAUUCUCUGUAGUGAUAUUGGGAUUUGUUUAUUUUGUAAUCUCGUAUUUAUUUUAUAAAUUUCUUAUAAUUAUUAAAUAUUAGAAUUGGCCAGCUAUAUUUUACAAUAAUUAUCCAGAAUUUUUCUAUAAGGUAAUCAAAUUUAUUUUUUAACUCUAAAAACUGGCAAGAAAAUAAUAUCAAUAUUUUAUUUACUCUGGAUUAAUCAGAAUUUAUACAUCUAACUUUUAUGAAUUGACUUUUACAUCUAUAUUACAAAUUGUCAACUUAAAUUUAGAUACAACUUUUAAUACAAUUAUCUCUUUAUUGGCAAUAAUUACAUUAAUAUGUAAUUUUUUACUUAUAUCUUCUGUUUUUUCAUAUCUAAGUAAAAAUGAUAGAGUAAAUAAAACUGUAUCAGUUUUAAUAGAAGGAAUAGAAAAUAAAAUAAACUAAGGAACUAAAUAAUAUUUUACUAUUUUAUUAUUGAAAAAAACCCUUUUCAUUGUUAAUAUAGUUGCAUUUUAAGCCCUUGUAGCUGCUUAGAGUCUAAUUACAGCUAUGAUAUCAGGAGUAUUUAGUUGUUAUAUUAAAAUUUAUAAACCUUUUGAGAAUAAAUAUGAAAAUACUAAAUUAUUCAUAACAGAAAUUCUGAUUAUGUUAAAUACUAUAGUCUUCUCUAUAUAUGAAAUUAUCAAAUCUAAUGAAGACAAAGAAUAAACUGAAUUAUUAGGCUGGAUUAAUGUAGCAGGUUUCACUUUGAUUCUUAUUUUAACACUAACAAUUGAUGUCUACUAACAAAUAAAAAAAUACUUUAAGUUGAUUAUGAUUUAAUUUAAUUAAUGCUUUGGUAUUUAAAAGAAAAAUCCAGAAUAAACAAAAAUGAUGAUAUGUAAUAUUUGA